AUGCCUGGUAUCUUGCCCAUGAAAGUGAUCAAGGUCGGCGGCACUGGCACGCAGAGCCGCAUCGCGCAAGCCUGCGACCGUUGUCGCAGUAAAAAGAUCCGUUGCGAUGGUGUUCGCCCCUGCUGCUCACAAUGCGCCAACGUCGGGUUCGAGUGUCGAACCAGCGACAAGCUCAGCCGCCGAGCCUUCCCCCGUGGAUAUACCGAGUCGCUUGAAGAACGAGUCCGGAGUCUGGAGACGGAAGUGAAGGAUCUGAAAGAUUUACUGGAUGAAAAGGACGAAAAGAUAGACGUUUUGUCCAGGAUACAUUCGUUUUCGCCUGCGUCGCAACGGGCGGCAUCGAUGCGGUCUCCCUCGGCAGCCGCAACCCCCAAAGAAAGUCCGUCAGAAUUGUCAGAGGCUGUCAUUCAUGUGAAGCGAUCGUUGAAGCGCCCAUCCCCGCAAUCACAGAACCCGUAUACGGGCCUUUCGAGCACUCAGGGAUUCGCCGAUGUAUUCACCGACAGGCUAGUCAGCCAGGGAAAGUCUGCAACUAAGAUUCCCACCGUGGCGCUGACCGCGUUAUGUACCUCGGUAUCUCGGGGCAAGCCUAGCCAAGCCGUGAAAACACCGCCCCGCUUGGUCUCGGAUCAACUGAUCAAUAUCUUCUUCCAAGAGUGGGCUCCGUUGUACCCGGUUGUACAUCGCCCGACUAUCCUGAAGGCCUAUGAACAGUAUCUCAGCAAUGCCCAGUCCCUUCAGCGCGAUACCCAUGCCAUGGCUCAACUGAAUCUGAUCUUCGGUAUUGCAGCGCUUUCUUCAAUUUCGAGAACCAACCAAGAUCCGACAUUCUUCGAAGAAAAUUGGUCAAAUACGCUUGACUCAUUCUCAGGCGAGAGUUCUAUGUCAAGCUUGCAGUGCUUUGUUCUUGGUCAGAUUUACUGCAUGACCAAGGGCGAUUAUCGUACUCUGCUUCGCUACCGUGCUCUCGGUGUGGAUAUUUGCCACCAGCUGAGCCUGCACGAUAAUCUAGAGACCUCGAAUAACCCACUUGAGGAUGAGACUUGUAAGAAGGUCUUUUGGUCUCAAUAUGUUCUUGAUCGUUUCUGCUCCGCUCUCACUGGAAUGCCCGUUCUCUUGCGCGAGGACGACAUCCAAGCCGAGUACCCGGUCGAUGUGGACGACGAGAAUGUCACCGAGACUGGGUUCCUGCCAACUCUUCCCGGUGAGUCGACCCGUAUAUCUAGUGCCAUUGCCCUAUUCGGCGCUUCUAGAAUCCUGAACAAGGCCUUGGAGAAUGUAUUCUCUUCCAAGUCUGAAUACAAUGUCUCCGUCUCGAAGAUGCGCUCGGUUGUAGGACAGUUGGAUGAUUGGUUGCAAAAUCUCCCCGCCCAUCUCCGUCUCGAGUUCAGCCAGGAUAAACCUAGCACCAACGUCACUAGCAGCCGUUCCCCUCUCCUUUCUCUUGUCUAUUAUUUCAUCAGAUCUUUAAUCCACCGCCCGGCCGUGUGUUUUUCGGAUGAUAGUAUUCGUUCUCCGUCUGUUCUUGCACUUUCAGAUUCAGCCAAGCACAUUAUUCAGAUUCUUGAACUUCUCGACGAAAGAUGUCUUUGUCUCUCUUUCAGCAUCAACCGCAAAGAGCUGGUGUUUUUCUCUGGACUGGGGCUUCUUUGGCAAAUGCUUGGCGUGAAGCGCGACAGCAAACUCGCCAAAGAGACCCAAAAGAUGCUCGGUGCCGCUCAGAGACAACUUCAGUCUGGGUACACUGCGGCAGCUGCUGAGUUUAGCGCCCUAUCAUGCACCUUAGUUUCACUGGACGAUGGCAGACAACCACCCAGUCAUACAGCUUCCAAUGAAAUGGUUGCGCCGACACAUAAACCACACAAGUCUCCCAAAAAGCAUUUGCAGGCUCUGAAAUCGCGCCUUACAAACGCCGUUCGCGACCAGCCUAAGCAAGACUCACCCCAAGGCUCCCGACGAAACACCAUCUCGGGCGCAACUCCACCACUGGCCGCCCAAUCCCUUCGCUCGCCUAGUUGGAGCAGCCUUCCUCCUGCACAGCACGAUCAUCUUACCUCGCAAUACGACCACUCUCCUCUAGAUCUCGCCUCAAAUGCACCAAUGAAGUACGAACAUUAUCGUUCAUUGUCUUGCUCAACGCCCUCCGACCCAGCCACCAGCGCCAUCACCAUGGCUGACUGGGAAUAUGUACUGAGCGAUAUGGACCGCGGAUACUCCAACAUCUUCACAGGAAUUUACGGCGGCAAAGACUGCGGCGAAGACUCAGGUCCCUUCGCGUCGAUUACAGCAGAAUGCAGUCGCAAACCUAUGGAAGGCCCGAUAGCCAUCCCAGCACCGAGCGAACUUCAGAAUCUGUCCCCUGAGUCUUGGUCAGCUAGCAGUGGUGAAUUCGCUGCUGCCCCAGAACACACCACGCAGAGCGUGCUCAGUUAUUCAGGUGAGAGCAUGGGAAGUAUGGAUGAUACCCUAGCCCCAUAUACAGACGCCAAGGGCUAUCCAGAGGACAUCCAUACACUAGAUCCAUUCAACGCCUUCGCCAUUCCCGGCGAAGACCGAACCGAUGACGGAUUUGAUGAGUUUUCACUGGUAAAUGGAUGGGACCGACGGCUGGCCGUUUGA